GCUAUCUGCACCGCCUAUAUUUUCAAACGAUCUGGCCAAAAAGAGCAACACCAACCGUUGAUCUUUUUUUUCUUAGUCAAUAGGUCAAUAUACUCAUUGCUUAAAAUGGACCAUCCUAUCAAAAGUCUUCAGAAGACCAAUAUAUUGGAAACACUUCCUGACACUUAUUCUUGUCGUAUGAGUGCUGCAGAAAUAGUAGAGGACCUUAAAAGAUGCUUUAAUCCAGAGAAUGACUUUAUUAAAGGUCAGGAGCUACAGCAAAUUAUAGUUUACUAUGCUGAACAAGCAGUUGAACCUGUCGGAUGGCAAGCUCUGUGGAUGUCUGAUUCCAAGACCAGUUCAUCUUUGAAAGCAAAAUUUAAGAGUCCCAUGUUAGUUGAGGUAAACAAUGUGGACUAUCAGUCUUUGGAAGCCUUAGUUGAAAUUGUGAAUGAAAUGAACGAAGAGAAAAGCACAGAAACAGUCCUACUAACUGAGCUCCACCCCUUAAAACAUCAAGAAAAUGAUGCCAUCACUAUUGAAGUGACUCAUAAUGCCAUUCAAAGGAUAAGGUUUUUCUACAAUCACCUUCUGCUUCCUUGGGAUUGUGAUGUUCAGGAAGACUGGUUUCAGUUUCAUCUUCCUGUACGAGUUGGCAUGUUCUGUGAAUUGAGAUCAGGCUUGCUGAAUCAGGAAACAGUGGUACGAUACCAUUACCUUCUUUCAGAAGCAAAUGAAAUAGAGAAGAAAUUGCAGGAAAUGGCCCUUAAAGUUGAAUUGUGUGAUGAGGAAAUGGAGGAUGAAGUGGUUGGAAGUAUCACUGAGCUGAAUUCAAAACUAGAACAGAUACAGCAGGAUGUUGAGAUUAUUUUGAACCCUUCUACCAGAAUGCUUCUCUUUGGCUCAAAAGUGACUCGGGUGAAACAAAACAAAGACCCAGAAGUUUUGUUGGUAGUUCAGGAUCAAACAUGUAUAAGCCUUCACCAAACUCUGAACCGUCUGGAGUCAGAAUUUAGCCCACAAUUGAACAUCAGAUGCUAUCCAUCCUUACAAACGGCAUUGGAUGACUGCCGAGUCGACGAUGUUAUCGUAAUCUCCAAAGGAAUUCAUAAUCUGUAUAAUGUAAAUUCAUUUCGUCACGGUGGUACUUUAAUUGGCAUUGGCGCAAAAGAAGAUAUCGUUGUCCAUCCUGGUUCAAAUAUAGAAGUGGGUCUAACUUUUGAUGACGGAAAUGUUGUUUUAAAGAACUUCACGUUAUUAGUCAACAAUAAACAGUCUGGAAUUGCCGUAAAGGGAAACGUGUCAAUGGAAAAUUGUACCUUGAGAGGUUCGAGCUUGUUUGACGAAACGAAAAAUGGUGAAAACGAUGUCGGUUCCUGGAAGGGCUUUUACGUUGCGCCACAAGGAAGACUGGUACUUAAACAAACUCGCAUCGUUAGCUUCGAUGUUGGCCUACGUGUGCGAGCCACGGGCCAAGUUUUUCUUUCUUCUUCGGAAGUCGAAUCAUGCAAUAUUGGAAUAUUGGCAGAGCAAGGAACGCGUAUCCAGAUAAGCAACUGCGAAUUCAAACAUUGCAAAGAGUAUGCUAUCGGUGUCGAAAUGGAUUCUGAUUCCAUCGGAGAAACUCUUGUUGGCGGAUUAGAACUGUUACAGAUGAUUCCAGAAGCUUUCCAUGUUAACGAUUGUCGCCUUACCGAGAAUGAGGUUAACGUCAAGUUGGAGUACUGAUUGCUUCUCUCGCCAACGCUUUAUUCCGCAAUGUUUUACGCAUGUUAUAUUCCAGGAUUACAGUGAGCUAAAUUAAUACAUUUAUGUGCAAUUUUCAGUCAAACCA